UCAAAUCAAGAAAGAGAGAAAGAGAGUGAAGACUGAAGAGAAGAAAGAGGCCUACUUGGAGGGAGGUCUUUCACCGGAGCUGGAGUUUGCCGGAGCCGGCGAGAUGAACGCCUGUGAGUCCACGGCCCGCUCCGUCCUCGACAAGCCUCUCUGCGAGCUCACGGAGGAGGACAUCGCUCAACUCACCCGCGAAGACUGCCGCCGCUACUUGAGAGAAAAAGGAAUGCGCCGUCCCUCAUGGAACAAGUCUCAGGCGAUCCAGCAGGUCAUCUCCCUCAAAGCCCUCCUCGAACCCCAGCCCACCGACGCCGCCGCUGACCCGGGCCCGCCGAUUCGUCCCAAACCUCCUCCUCCGGUCGUGACACCUCAAAAGGAGCCGAUCAUCGAAUCCCCGUCGCCGUACCGUCGGAGAGACCCGAUCCAACCGGCGCUCACCCCAACCGACACCCCACCAAGGCCCCAGCUUGCCGGAAGAGAGGAGAUCACGCCGGAGCCCGGCUUCCACUCCUCCAGGGUUGCGCCGCACGUGCCGCCGGGACAGAUGACCAUCUUUUACGCCGGCAAAGUCUGCGUCUUCGACGGCGUCCCGCCCGAUAAGGCUCGUGUCAUCAUGCAGCUGGCGGCGAGCCGGGAAGAAGACUACGAACCGAACCAACCCGGUCUUCCGGUUCAAUCGAACCGGAUAGUCCCGUAUCGAUUACCGCUUCGAUCCGGCCCACCUCCCGCCCCACCACCACCACAGUUGUCAUGUAAUGCCGGGAGGUUGGCCUCGCUAGUGGAUGACAGAGAGCGGGUGACCGCGCGGGAAAUCGAGUUACCGGAGUGCCCUUCAAGCAGAAGAGCUUCUUUGCAACGAUAUCUUGAAAAAAGAAAAGAUAGGUGCAAGGGUAAAAGGGUUCCUGGAGGGCUCUGUCCUAGUAUGGACUUGAUGUACUUGAGUCAAAGGCUCAAGACGCACGUCCCAAAUGAGCACUCUGGUCGAAGUGAUAUGGGCUCCCCUAACCAACCAAGACCACCUAGCACACCUGGUCGGUGCAGCUCAAUCGAAACCCAAAGUCAAAAACUCCACAUAUCAUUUGAUCUCAAUGACGAUGGUAGUGGCAAUUGAAGGUCCCUGGUGACAUAUAAUUUGCUACUGACCCAGCUAUACACAUUCCAAUAAAGCAGAAUCAAGUUGGACAUCAUCAUGGUGAACAGAUCACUGGACUCAGUUAGUUAAGAUGACUGGCUAAAGCCACGAAUGUGCAGCUUUACCUUUUGGCUUUCGCUCCAAAUGUUCUUCGAUAUAAAUGAAAUUGGAUCUUAAAUCUUUUCUUUGUCGGCAAACUUGGUCAACAGGCAUGGCAAAAUCAUUAUCAGGGGGGGUACAACCAGAGGCUAGGAAGGUAAGGGAUGGCUUUUUGAGAUCACAUCGAACCGCAGGGAAGGCACCUGGUUUUUUAUGAGAUGAAAUCCAAGCUGCAAAAUCACUAACUACUGUUUUAUCUAUGGUGAAUAUCUUUCAUCCUUAGUGGAUGUAUCUAACCGGCUAGCAAAUGCUAGGAUCCACAUCUUCAUAUGCUAUAGUUCUUAGAUGUGUUUGAGAUGUUAUAAAUAUUCAGAGCUUAUUGUUCUAUGUGGACAGGAAACAUCUACUUUUAUGUUCUGAAAUGAUCUCAAUUCAUGGGGCUGCUUUGUACAAUGUAUGUAUACCCUUCUUGUAGUUGAGUUACAACUCCAUUACCUGUUGGAGGUUUUAGAAGUCAGUGAAUUAGAAGUUAUAUCUUUUAUCUUUUAUAUAGUCAUCACAUUUAAUUCAAAUGUUUUUUUUGCUUUUUAUGA